AUGCAAGACAACAUUUUACGUGGACCAGUGGCAAUCAGUGACGAAUCAAUAUUACCAAGAGCAGGCGAGGAGGAGAUAAAAGCGUUGCAACCACCGCCGCAUUUCCAGCAACAAAGUCGCGCGGCUCAAAUCCAAAAUGACGUGAUAAUUUGGUCCACCGUUGACGGGUUUCUCGUCGUCACCAUUAUUUGCGGCAACAUUUUGACCAUACUUGCAGUACGUUACAGUCGUCGUUUACGGAGCAUCAUCAGUAACCUGUUUAUUUUGUCGCUCGCCAUCUCCGACAUGAUUGUGGGUUUUACGUUGCCCUACCAUUUGGCAUUUUAUGUUGGCACAAAACUAGGUAGCGUGCGUUUUUGGUGCAUUUUACGCUUUUUCCUCAUCAUUUUUGCGUGCUGCGUCUCAAUAUGGAACCUCAUGGCAAUUGCCGUCGACAGAUAUAUCGCCAUUUGCUAUCCAUUGCAUUACACGAGAUACAUUACGCGAAAGGCAGCUGUGACCCACAUCGGCAUCGGUUGGAUCCUCAGCUUCAUAAUUGCCAUUACGCCGGUAUUUUGGAACAACUUUGGCACAGCAACAGAAUGCGAAUUUGACGAAAUUUUGCCGCAAUGGUAUAUGGGUGGCAUAAUAACGCCAAUUUUUUCCAUUGUUUGGAUCUGUUUGUUGCUAACGUACUCGCGGAUUUUACGUGAGGCGUCAAAACACGCAAAGCAAAUGCGAAUUUUACAUGAUCGAGCAUCAGACUGGAAAUCUGUACAGGUGUGUGUGCUUGUCUUGGGCAGCUUUACAAUAUGUUGGAUUCCGUAUUUCAUCGUGGCCAUGGUACAAAUGUUCAAAAUAAUGGAAAAUCGAUCGCCCGCCGUCUACAAAAUCUGUUUCACGUUGGCCAUGGCAAAUUCGGGUAUCAAUCCGCUGAUUUACGCGUGGAAAAAUACGGCAUUCCGCAAGGCCUUUGGACGGUUAUUGCGUUGCAAGAUGCCCGAUACGCAGGAACCGGUAGAAAGUAUCAGAUCCACGGUGCAUCGCAAAAGUUCGGCAAUGAUGGCAAAUAAUGACAUGUUUAAUUGUUCGCGUGCCGAAAUGAUGGGAACGCCAACGUCGCGUGGUCGACACAACAGCACCGACACCGAUAGUGCGUUCGAACCCAUACCACUGGAUGGUGCGCCACGCGGAAGUAUUAGCGACAGCGGGGUGGUAGUUAUGAUUAAACAUCCGCGAUUGUCAUCGAUCGGCAGUGAGCAUCGACAGUCACAAAAUACCAUCAGUGAAGAGUUAAUUUCGAAUCAUACGACAAUGGUGACUUUUUCGUCGUCGCAGGACAAUGAUUCGGAGUUCAAUGACACGCCAAUAAAGCGAAAGGUAUCAAUUGACUCGGCGUUUGACACAAAUCACCACAAACCGCCGCAACUAAAGUUAAUAAGGAACAAAUGUGCGAUCGCCGAGAGCUUCGACUCGACAUCCAUUGAGAAUAGUCCCGUGAAAUUGCUGAACAAUAACAAGCAAACGACCGAAAUUGACGAAAAUCUAUCGAAUAGUGCAAAAACAAUAAAUUAUAAUCACAUAACGACACCGACGACGCAUCAUCUGCAGCAGAAACAACAAAAAUCAUCCAAAUUUAAUUUUAAUUUGAAAAGUUACUUCAGGUCAAAACAAACACCGUUGGCACACCGAAAAAAUAACACAACAGACAUUUCGGACAAAACCAUAAAAACAACAACAACAAUCGCCACACAAAAGGCCAACAAUGCCUGCAGUAAUGAAAAUGGACGUUUUUGUGCUGGACACAACUCGACGUCCGUUGAUGCGCCAGCAGAGCUUUCAACAACAGAGAAAGGUUGUAAUAAAACGCCGAUCACGACACCCUGCCACUGUGUUAUACACGAGAACAAUGAGACUCUCGUCUACAGGCUAUAA